AUGGACCGACAUGAGUUAUCAGUCUGCAACCCGAACCCUCAACGUCUUGCUGGACCACAAUUGCUGCAUCAUCUAGUCACUAAUCCCAAUGAAGCAACAGCAAUAGAAUUCUUGUCUGGCAAUGAACGAACAUCAAUAUCUUACAAGGAAUUGCAUGAUGCUUCCGACCGUCUUUGCCACUUUAUGGAAGCUCUAAUUGCAGAGUCCCGAGACAUUGAGACGGAUACAGUCAUCCCCGUGCUAAUACCUCAAUCUCCUCAUCUAUACAUUUCUCUUUUGGCGAUACUCAAGGCUGGGGGUGCCUUUUGUCCCUUGAAUGCUGAUGCGCCCCCUGAGCGAGUCAAGUUCAUCCUGAAAGAUGUAUCCGCCAAAGUUGUGCUUGUAACACGAGAGCUUGCCCACAGGGUACCUCCGGCAUGCAAUGUCAAAGCUAUUCAAGUGGACACGCAAAACUUCGAAUCCGAGCACAAACGAGAGCCGUCUUGCAAAGUAGACCCUGAAAGACUGGCCUAUGUCAUGUACACAUCAGGGUCUACUGGUACCCCAAAAGGAGUUGGCUUAACCCAUAGCGCGGCAACCCAAGCUCUGCUAGCUCACGAUCGACAUAUUCCUCAGUUUAGACGAUUUCUCCAGUUCGCAGCACCUACUUUUGAUGUGUCUGUCUUCGAGAUCUUCUUUCCUCUUUUCAGAGGCAGCACUCUCAUCUCUAUAAGCAGGGAAGAGAUGCUCGAUGACCUUCCUGGAGUCAUGCGCCGAAUGGACGUUGAUGCUUGUGAAUUGACCCCAACAGUCGCAGGAAGUCUCUUGAAAAAGAGGGAAGCCGUGCCAAAACUCAAGCUCCUACUGACCAUCGGUGAAAUGCUUAAAAUGCCUGUUAUACAAGAGUUUGGCGGAAGUAACACCCACGAGAGCUUGUUAUGGGCUAUGUAUGGGCCUACCGAAGCUACUAUCCACUGUACUCUGCAAACAUCCCUUCCAUCUGGGUCGUCCCCGGGCAGCAUUGGAGUGCCGCUUGACACUGUGUCCUGCUUCAUAAUCAAGCCUGCUGAAUCGGCAGACGAUUCUCAAGAAUUUACUCUUCUUCCCCAAGGUGAACCAGGAGAGCUUGCCGUAGGAGGCUUUCAGCUAGCUCGAGGCUACAUCAAUAGGCCGGAGCAAACCUCGUCUGUCUUCAUUGACUCUCCCUACGGAAGAGUUUAUCGGACUGGAGACAGAGCAGUCAUGAAACCUGAUGGCACUCUCGAAUGCCUUGGUCGGUUGUCAGAUGGCCAAGUAAAACUUCGUGGGCAGCGUAUCGAGCUCGGGGAAAUCGAGCAUGCUGCGCUGAGAACUCUAGGAUGCCAUGGUGCUAGCGCUGCAGUGAUCGAAUCUCAAUUGGUGCUCUUUUGCUCUGUGGACCAAGGCGUGGGCGAAGAAGAUAUCCUGUCUAGCUGUAAAUCGUGGCUACCUCGGUAUAUGGUUCCAAGUGAACUUGUUAUAAUGACGGAAUUUCCUCGACUGCCUAGUGGUAAAGUUGAUGCGAAAAAGCUAAAACACGACUUUUCACAGAAAAAUACGACCAAGAAUAUGGCCGUACAUGCUUUGAAUGAGCCCACAGCGCAGGAGAAAGCAGCACUGAACAUCAUUUUGGAGGCUUUGCAUCGGCCCGUCAAUAUUGGCUCUUCGUUAACAUCUGUCGGUCUGGACUCACUAUCAGCAAUCAAAUUGGUUUCUGCCUUUCGGCAGAAAGGUUAUGAGAUUUCAGUUACCAGCUUGCUGAAAUGCCGCACAGUAGCUGAUUUAUGCAUCAACUUACAGAAGGCCCCUGAAAAAUCGUCGCAGCGUAACGAAAGACAUGCCCCGUUACUCGACGUAAGGUCAAUAUCUGAGCAGCACCCGUUACUAGCUGGCCUUAGCCAGUUGGUGGAAAAUUGCAUGGGAUGCACGCCGUUGCAGUCGGCAAUGUUGGCUCAAACAGAACACAAUCCGGAGCUUUACUGCAACGAAAUGCUUUUCGAAGCUUCAUUUAACGCAACACCACAGGCGCUACUCAAGGCAUUUGAAGCAGUUACACAAUCCAACCAAAUCCUAAGAACAGGCUUUCUCUAUUGGAAAGGACAAUACGUAUCCAUAUUGUUUUCGGAGCCACUCCACGGGCAAAUCACAGUACAAACAAAGUGUUGUAGGGGUUCUAACGUUCGAUCUACGGUCGACAUCUUGCGGCCAUUUCUCGUUCAAAUAAUAGAUCGGGGGGAAGAGAUGUCAACGAAUAUUCUCAUCCAUGCACACCAUGCAAUCUACGACGGGUGGUCAAUGGACAUGAUAAUUGCAGAUGUCUCGUGCAUUGUCAAGGGAGGAGUCCCUGCAUCUCGACCACAAUUCAAGCAGGUUCUUGAUUAUUUCCAAAGCCAAACCACAGAAGAAGACGGAGAUGAGUCCAGAGCAUUUUGGACUAGUAACCUUCUUGGUUGGAACAAGAUACCUUUCCCCAAACUUGUUGGUCAACCACCGUCUGACGAGAUCUUGUCAGAGGAGGCCUUUUUGAGAAUCUCUCCAGAAAUCGUUCAAAGUAUGUCUCUGUCCUAUGGGAUAAGUAGCCAGGUCAUAUUUCAGGCAGCCCUGGCGAUGACAUGGCAAGGGGUGGUCGGAAAUUCGGACAUCUUACUCGGUUCGGUUGUUUCGGGAAGGACUAUACCCGUUCCUGGCAUCGAGCGUAUUAUUGGUCCUUGCAUUGCGGCAAUGCCGUUGAGAAUCGACACCAGUAAUAUGAACGCGAACAUUGACGUUCUCAAGACUAUUCAGGCCCAAAAUCGCGCUAUUAUGGAACACUGCAGCGUCCCGUUGGCUGAGAUUUGCAAACUCGCACGUCUCGCACCCUCGGAGUCAAUAUAUGAUGUCUUAUUCGUAUAUCAGCAGUCCCUAUAUCAAUGGGAAAUGCAAAACAGUGUCAUGGAACAUGUCAGACAUAUAGACAGGCUCGAUACAAAGCUGUUGGUGGAAGUUGAGCCUAGAAAAGACGGAUAUGCACUGCAAAUGACGUACCAUUCCUCGGUUCUCUCUGGAGAGUUUGUACAACUCUUGGUUGAGCAGAUGAAGGAGCUUUGCCAGAAAAUUGUUGCCAAACCCACGGGACCGCUCAUGCUACCAAAGCAUCUCGAGGGGUUGGAAAUGUCGAUCUGCCGCGAAAGACAGUGUGUCGAAAACGAGCCUGCGGAUGUUGCAGCUUUAUUCAAUGCAUCACUUAUGCGAAACCCUCUUGCAGAAGCUAUAAGAUUUGUCGCACGUACGGCGGAAGGAGAAUUGAAAGAGUCGAUUCUAUCCUAUUCACAAUUGAGCACUGCUUCAAACCAAAUAGCUCAUUACAUUCGCGGCUCCGGAGCCGAAGUGGGCGAUGUUAUUGCCAUCAUGAUGAAUAAGUCUACUACGCUAUACACUUCAAUUUUGGGUAUAAUUAUUGCAGGGUGUGCUUACUUGCCUAUCUUACCCAUUACACCAAGGGACCGGGUACGCGAAAUUCUUCGACAAUCGAAUGCUAAAUAUUGUCUUGUUGAAGAUAAUCUGGCUUGUGCACAUGAACUUCCCGACACAACCACCGUCCUGAACCUAAGCACUGCAUCGCUUCACACCAUGCCCUCAAGUCCACCAUUCGUUCAGCCCGAUCCGAAUCGCCUUGCAUACGUCAUUUUCACCUCGGGAACUACGGGGGUACCCAAGGGCGUCGCAGUUUCGCAAAGAAACCUCGCUAGCAACAUUACGUACUUGGAUACUGUCUAUCCAAAAUCAGCCCAGCCCCGUCUCCUUCAAGCAUGCUCUCAAGCUUUCGAUGUCUCAGUCUUUGAAAUAUUCUACGCAUGGUAUGCCGGCAUGAGUCUAUGCGCUGCUACUAAUGAUGUCAUCUUUGGAGAUCUAGAACACUGGAUCAGAAAGCUGCAAAUCACACACCUCAGCUUAACCCCUACUGUCGCAUCUCUAAUAGAUCCCAAAAAUGUGCCCCGAGUCGAAUUUCUUGUUACUGCUGGAGAGCCUCUGACCACGUCGGUACUUGAAAAAUGGGGAAGUCUACUAUUCCAAGGAUACGGUCCGUCAGAAACGACAAAUAUAUGCAGCGUCAAGAGAAUGACCAGAGGCGAUAAUAUCGAACACCUCGGCUGGGUUUUCCCGAACACAUCCGUCUUUGUCAUGGUACCAGACGGCCUAGAUGCAGUACCCCGUGGCUGGGUUGGCGAGUUUUGCUUUGGUGGCAGCCAAGUCGCCAAUGGCUAUCUGAAUGAUACAAAACUGACGGCUCAGAAAUUUAUUGACCAUCAAUCAUUUGGAAGACUGUAUAGAUCUGGAGACUUGGGUAGAAUGCUCCCUGACGGAUCUUUAGUCAUCAUGGGCCGACUCGACGACCAACUUAAGCUUCGUGGCCAACGAAUUGAGGCGCAGGAAAUUAAUAGUAUUUUGACAAGCACAGAAUUGGUGACCGCAGCAGUGACCAUACUGGUACAGAGCAGGUCUGGUCGGUCGAACCAGUUGGCUACAUUCUAUAAGCCAUCCAGCGCUGUGUCGUCUUCAAACCCGCUGGACGUAACGAAAGGCAGUAACCAAAUGCUUUUUGCCACUCUCAAAACGAAAUUACCAGCAUACAUGGUGCCUUCCUAUCUUGUUCCAGUACCGUACGUCCCAAUGACAACAAGUGGAAAGGUGGAUAGACGACACUUGCUAUAUUGGUUCGACAGCCUUUCAAGCGCUUAUCUGGAGGACGCAUCUCCGGCACUCAAUCAACCCGAUGUUAAUGACAGUUGGUCUCAUAUUGAGUCAAGAAUUGCAACAGCCAUAUCCGAGUCAAUGCAUGUUUCCCUGAAUGAGAUUGGACGAUGGACUCCAUUCCUUACCCUAGGAGUUGACUCGAUUUCUGCGAUCGAGUUAGCUAAGUCAUUGAGAACGCAUUUAGAUUCUCAAGUUGCAAUAUCAGCAAUUCUACAGAAUCCUUCUGUUGCCCAACUCAGCCACUUCCUAGCCAGGGAUGAUAGCAAAGACCUUGCCGAAAUAUCUAGUCAGAUGAAGACGUCAUUCGAAACAUUUGACAGAGAAGUUGGUGCCUCUAUAGCCGACAGGAUACAAAAUUUAGAGGCUAUUUUGCCCUGUAUGCCGCUGCAAGAAGCCAUGUUGAUACAGGGUCAGGGAAGUUACUACAACAGAAUACUCCUCAGGCUACAUGUGUCGCCUAAAGAGAUGAAGACUUAUUGGAUGCAAAUGUCUAAGAGACACAGCAUAUUAAGGACAUGUUUUAUUACGACAGCCAACUCAAGGUAUCCUAUUGCUCAAGUAGUCUUGCGCAAUUGGAAUCUUCCUUGGAGAGAAUUCGAAGUCACUGUGCCAUCACUCGAAGGGGCAAGCCGGGAGCAUCUUAAUUCGCUUCCUCAUCCUCUGGAUUCUAUGAUACCUCCAUGCUCCCUAGGUCUCAUUCGAUAUAAAGGGUCUAAUUUUCUGUCUUUUAUAUGUCAUCAUGCUUUGUAUGAUGGCAUAGCAAUGGAGAACCUGUGGAGAGAGGUUGAAGCAUUGGCUCAGGGAUGUCAGCUGCCAGACGCUGUAUCAUAUCUGCCUUUUCUCCAGCAUGCCCUUUCCUUGCCAUUAGGAGUGGAGUCCUUUUGGCAAGAGCAAUUCCGUGGAUUUCAAUCAUCAACCGCCUUUGCAAGGUCAGCACGAUCAAGCACGAAUCAGAGUACAAAUACUGUGUCCAUUGAUAUGAGUUUCAAAGAUAUCCAGCGAAGAGUUAGAUCUUCAGGAGUGUCGCUACUAUCACUUUGCCAGGCAUCCUGGGCAGCAGUUCUGGCGUGUAUUUUUGAUGACCCAGAUGUUGCUUUUGGAAAUGUCGUUAGCGGUCGUACGAUUGGCGUCGAUGGAGUUCAUAAGUUGAUUGCACCUUGUUUCAAUACGGUUCCCGUUCGUUUCGACACGUCACGAAGUGCGCAAAACAUUGACUUAGUCAAAGCUUUUCAGGAGCUGAAUUCAAAGCUGCUACCUUAUCAAUUCUCCCCCUUGAAGCUUGUACAAAAAGUGGUCGGAAGUCGACGUCGGCACCUAUUUGAUACCUUGUUUCUUUUGCAACAACCUCUGAAAGACAUGGACAAGAAUGUAUGGACCCUUGAAGAAGAUGUUGGCAACAUGGAUGUUCCUAUUGUGUGCGAAGUUAUACCAUGCCCAAACUUGAACUCUAUUGUUGUCAAUUUGCAUUACGACAUGGAUAUGAUCACACCUGACCUCGCGUCAGUGGUCACGGAUAUGUUCAAGUUUAUGAUACGAUCAAUUGUAUCAUUACCUUUUGGACCGGUCCCAAGCCGAUCGACUAUCCCGAGCCACUUCUCGCAGGGCCUAUCAGGUCUUGUGUUAAAGAGAGAAAGGUCCGAUGAUGAUUCGAUCGAGACGACUAGCAGCCAAUGGUCCAGUCUUGAAAUGAAGAUACGAAAGGUAGUUUCCAACAUUUCAGGCGUAUCGGAGGCCGCCAUUCGCCGAGAAACAACCAUCUUUCAAGUUGGACUGGACAGCAUUAACGCAGUUCAAGUUGCAUCGGCACUACGAUCUCAAAACCUACCUGUAUCAUCAUCCGAUGUCAUAGAGUGUUCUAGCUGCAGCAAACUGGCAUCUAGAAUAAACCAAAACUCAGGAAAGCUGAAACAGGAGAAAGCUUGGAUAGACUUCUCUGCGUUCCAGAACCAAGCAAAGCCAUAUGCUCUGGAGAAACUGCGUCCUACCACGGAAAUCGAAGCCAUUCUUCCAUGUACUGCGAUGCAAAAUGCUAUGCUAAUGGCUUUUACGCACUCCAACGAAGCAAACUACCUCAAUUUACUCUCCUUCAAGAUACAGGGAAAUGUAGACCUCAAUUCUCUAUUUGUCGCAUGGAAGCUACUUCAUGGCCAACACCCAAUGUUACGUACUGGGUUUGUUCCCAUUUCACACACAGACAGCACGUUCGCAAUGGUCAGACAAAAAUCCACUAGCCUAACGCAUCCGAUUACAUUAUUUGACGGACGGCCAUUUGUCUUAGAGGAUUGGAAAGCGGAGUGUAGAUCAUUCAUGCUUGCAAACUUACAGGAAUCACCUUGGAGAGUGGCCUUGGUGAAUACCGGCUCACAGAUGCUUAUGCAUAUUGUUAUGCACCACGCCCUCUAUGAUGCGCAAUCUCUAGAUGGCCUGUUCCAAGGCCUGUCCUGCUUCCUUCUAGGGAAAGCAUGCACUUUCCCCAACAUCGAGCCCGCUCUAGCGGACGUAUUGUCGAGAGCAAAAUUCGAACUAUCAGAAGGGAAGAAAUUCUGGGAAGAACAGGCUGCGCGAGUUGUGGUUAACAAGUUUCCCAUAAUGACCUCACUUCGAGAGCCAGUGGGAAGACUCACUGUUCACGAACACGUUUCUUCCAUGGCGGUUGGAGAGCUACAAGAGGCGACCCAAGCAGUAGGCAUAUCCUUACAAGCUGCGUUACAAGCCAGCUGGUCACGGAUACUAGCAUCUUACAUAGGUGAACGGUCUGUUAUCUUUGGCGUUGUGCUGGCCGGGAGAACUUCAGACGAAACUGCUGACUCCCCAUUCCCUUGUCUUGUCACGCUGCCCAUCGUGACAGAAGCAGAAGACUCCAAUAUGGGGUUGCUGCAGAAUAUGAUGGAGUACAAUUCCAACCUAUAUAAAAAUCAGUUCAACUCUUUAGCAGAGGUUAAGAAAUGGCUAGGCCAUCCCGCCUCACCUAUAUUCGACACCAUCUUGGUAUAUCAGAAGACAAGUGGCCCACACUUAAACACAGAUCAAUGGAAGUUGAUGGAGGACCACCCGUCUGUGGAGUAUUCAGUUUCACUAGAAGUUGAGCCGCUUGGAGAUCAACAACUUCAUCUCCGACUUACGACCAGAUCAGACAUCGUACCACAUGAGCAAGCGGAAUUGAUGCUCAAGCAGUUCGAUGCUGUGUUGAUCCAUUUAUUGAAGCAUCCAAAUGCGACGCAAAAUGAGAUUUACAAAGACCGGCAAAGCUUGUUUUCCAUUACUCCUCCCAGAAUACCUGUAAUUGAUGCACCGGUAGAGUUUGUACAUCAAUUCGUUGAGAGAAAUGCUGAGUUACAACCUAACUUUCCAGCUCUGGAGUUUGUUUCAGAUUUCGAUGACACACCUUCUUCAAAAAUGACAUGGACUUACAAAGAACUGGAUGAUCUCGGAAACCGAGUUGCUCAUUUGUUGUCCAAUGUUGUUCGUGUGGGAAACAUUGUAGCUGUUCACUUCCCCAAGUGUCCUGAAGCGUACUUCUCGAUAUUGGGCAUUCUCAAGGCUGGCUGUUCGUUCGUGGCUCUGGAUCCUAACGCCCCCAAAGCACGAAAGGAGUUUAUUCUUGAAGACUCCAAGGCUGUAUGCCUGUUGACAACGAACAACUCUGAUCUACCAUUUUCUCUCAAGGUACCCGCCAUCGCUAUUGAUGAGGAAAACCUCCGAUCACAUCCAUCCGACACAAUUAUGCAUGACGAGGCGUUCACACCAAAAAACACUUGCUAUUGUCUGUAUACCUCAGGUACUACUGGAACUCCCAAAGGAUGCGAAAUCACACAUGAAAACACCGUUCAAGCCAUAAUGGCAUUCCAGCAUCUCUUUCAAGGCCACUGGCAGAAGGAUUCCAGGUGGCUGCAGUUUGCAGCAUUACACUUUGAUGUUUCUGUGCUUGAGCAAUAUUGGAGCUGGUCUGUUGGUAUUACGGUUGUUGCCGCCCCAAAAGACUUCAUACUUGAUGAUCUCACAGGGUCUAUUAGCAAGAUGGAAAUUACACACAUAGAUCUGACACCCAGCCUGGCGCGGCUAAUCCACCCAGAUCAGCUUCCAAGUCUAUGUAAGGGUGUUUUUAUUACUGGAGGAGAGCAGCUGAAUCAAGAAGUAUUGGACUGCUGGGGGCCCAAGGCAGUGGUUUACAAUGCCUACGGGCCAACCGAAGCAACGAUAGGUGUCACAAUGUAUCAACGAGUCCCAAUUAAUGGCAGACCAAGUAAUAUCGGACGACAGUUUCCAAAUGUCGGGUCGUACGUCCUUCAACCGGGCACUGAUAUCCCGGUACUGAGAGGGGGCGUAGGGGAGUUAUGCGUGUCGGGAAAACUGGUCGGCAAAGGCUAUCUUCAUCGACCACAGUUGACGGACGAGAGAUUCCCCAAACUUUCAGAAUUUAACGAGCGGAUUUAUCGGACGGGAGACCUCGUGAGGAUUCUUCAUGACGGAUGCUUUGACUUCCUUGGCAGGGCAGAUGACCAAGUCAAACUGCGGGGGCAGCGUCUGGAAGUUGGUGAGAUAAAUCACGUCAUACGAAACAAUACCUUGGGAGUCAAGGAUGCCGCUACACUCGUCAUGAGGCAUGGAAGUAAAGAUGUCUUGGUUGCAUUUCUGGUUGGAGAGGGCGAAAAGGCGUCUGAUCUCUGCAUUGUGUCUGAUGAAGAUGCAUUGGGCGCCAAAGCGCGAGCAUCGUGCCUCGACAGUUUGCCCGGAUACAUGAUUCCUACAUAUUUCAUUCGACUAUCGCAUAUUCCGCUUUCACCAAACAACAAGGUUGAGGCCAAAGAGCUGAAAAUGCUGUUCCAAAACCUCCUUCCGGACGAGCUCGUGAAGCUCACUGGGCGAGACACAACAUCUUCAAGCAGCAAGAUAGAUGCAAUUGUUACGAAACGUCUUAUUGAAGCUCUGGCAUGUUUUAGUGACUUGCCUACAUCCGCAAUAUGCGAGACAACAAGUAUAUUUGAUAUCGGGGUUGAUUCAAUUUCUGCCCUGCAGCUGUCUACAGUACUAAAGCGCGGCGGGUUCCCCAUGAGCACGCCUGCCAUAAUACUGCGCAGUCCUAUUGUGUCAGAUCUAGCCCAGUCACUUUCCAGAAGGCUUACCUCGACUAAAGAACGUGACGAAACAAAGGAAAUCAAGCAAGUAUUGCGAGCGUACCAGCAACGAUAUCGUACUCUUGUCUGCCGCGAGCUGCGGGUGAAAUCUGCCGACAUUGAAUACAUCGCACCUUGCUCACCCCUCCAAGAAGGAAUGAUAUCGGCUGCUGUUGCAGAAGGAGGUUCUGAUAUGUACUUCAACUCGUUCGACUUUCACGUCAAAGGUGAUGUACCAAUGGACAUUGUGCGUCGUGCUUGGGAGACGACCAUCCGGGACCACUCAAUAUUGCGAUCAGUCUUCGUAAAGUCAGUAGACGGGUAUCUUCAAGUCGCUUUGCAUGGAAUUGAUAAUCUCUGGCGGGAUUUGGUUGCAAGUGAUGAUGGAGAUGUUGGCGAUAUCUUGGAGCAGGCAAGGUUGAGCUGGACCAGAGAGAAUGCCCUUCAUAUUAUAUCGCCCCUGCAAUUCAUCCAGGUGAAAGGGCCUGGCAAACGAGCUCUCCGACUCUAUAUCUUCCAUGGGCUUUACGAUGGAAACAGUCUCAAUCUUAUGAACGAAUAUGCUUCGUGCGUCCAUCUAAAAGGAAAUCUGCCAACUCGACCUAGCUUUUUUGACGUCUUAACACACGGUCCCCUACGCAAUUUUGACUUCUGCAAGCCAUUUUGGGCCAAGCAUUUAGAACAUUGGCAGCGCUGUGAAUUGCCCAAGAUUUCACCGCUCACCGCCAAGAAUGCAGAGAUCAUAUCAUUAACUAGACGCCUUACAAUCAAACGGUUGGAUGAUCUUCGUCGCCAGCAAAACGUCACUCUCCAAACAAUUGUUUUAUCCAUCUGGACAAUCGUUCUCCAGACGCACGUCUCCAAGCCACUUACAACAGGCAUAAUCGUAGCUGGCAGAUCGUUAGAUGUACCGAACGUUGAGAAUACUAUGGGCCCCUUAUUCAACACUGUCCCGUUUUUUAACUCGACUUUGAAUGGUCUCUCUUGGGAGGCACUGGUUCAAAAAUGCCACAAGUUCAACACCGAUAUUCUUUCUUUUCAGCAUGUACCACUUCGGGAUAUCCAGAAGUGGUGCUCAGGCGGUCAAUCGUUGUUCAAUAAUCUCUUUGCUUUCCAACUGGAGAAGUCAGAGCCGAAGGCUGACGCUGUACCAUGGACGCUAAUUGACAAUGAGGCCACAAGACUUGACUACCCGUUAGCAUUCGAGGCCACUCGAACAAAUGAUGGCCAUCUUAGCCUCUAUCUGGUUGCUCACCCAGAUAUUGCUGAGGAAGAUACGUUGGAGCAAAUGCUGGAUCACUUUGAACAAGUUGUGUUGACAGUUGAACCUAGUACAGUGAUUGCACCGCCAUCACACAGCAACCUCAGCUUUCCCAAUGAUGCCAAGCCAGAAACUUUCAGCCCCAACGACUUCGUACCAGAGAAACUUCACUGGACGCCGGUUGGCUUAGCACUGAGGGAUGAGUUCUGUGCGUUUGUCAAUAUUCCCGCAGAAGACGCUUCUCCUGUCACCUCAAUACUAGACCUGGGAAUAGACAGUAUUGAUGCUAUCAAAAUUUCCGCUAGGCUUGCAAAGAAGCAUAUAAAGCUAUCCGCAUCUCAAAUCAUGCGCCACCAGACAAUUUCAGCGAUUGCUGCUACUGCUUCAAAUCUGAAUCAUGAUGCUUUACUAGAAAGCUCCAUCCAUGCGGGCAAGGCUGAGGUUCAGUCUCGCCUGCAUUCGUAUAUUCAGGGCCAAGGAGUUCAUCCGAACAAUUUAGAAAUUGUUCUUCCAUCAACAGCGCUUCAGGAGUCCAUGGUUUCAGCUAUGAUACAAUCGGAUUUUCAAUUGUAUUUCAAUCACGACAUCAUGGAAUUGGAUAAAGCCGUGAGCCUGAGCAAGUUGAGAGAUGCCUGGUUAGAAUUAAUCGAGUCAUCGCCAAUACUCCGGACGGCCUUUUUCGAGAUCCAUGACAGUAGUCUGGACAUGGCUUACUGCCAAGUUGUAUAUAAGCAGGCUACUGCGCCUGUUGCUAUGCAUAGACUUCCCGAUGCCUCAAGCUUACAAGGCUUGAUCAAGACGGCAACAGAGAGCGCGAUCCGAGGUGAAGCGCGGAAUAACCUUCUUCAAGUGUCUCUUGUUUCCACUGACAGUCAAAACUAUAUGGUUCUCUCUGUAGCGCAUGCCCUUUACGAUGGCUGGUCAUUGACGCUCUUGUACGAUGAUCUAGCAAAGGCAUAUCGGUCCGAAUUAGAGCCGCGGAAAUACUCAGAAGUUCUCAUGUCUCAACCUAUUCUAUAUGAACAUUCCGAUGUAAAUGGCUUCUGGGAAACAUAUCUGGCUAACGCUAGCCCGACUGUAUUCAGGUCGGGCCACCAUUCAGCUCCGCUAAAUCCCAGCAAUAUUAUCAAGAACGAGCAUUUGUCAUCAAAGUCACUGACAGAAAUCGAUCAUUUUUGCAAGAAGACCUCAAUUAGCCUGCAGUCAUUGUGUAUGGCUUGUUGGACAACAGUCGCUGCGCAUUUUACGCGGUCGCUGGACACCGUCUUUGGAAUCGUUCUCUCGGGGCGAGAUUUUGAAGGUGCUGAUGAGCUGGUCUUUCCAUGCAUGAACACUGUCAUCGUCCGCUCAGUCGUACAUGCGAAUGUGUCUGGUUUUCUCAGAUACAUGGAGGCCAAUCUUGCGGAUAUACGCGAUCACCAAGGAUUCCCACUUCGGAAGGCACAGACAGCCGCAAAACUCGGGGGCAAAGAGCUCUUCAAUUCAUUGUUCAUUUUGCAAAAGACGCCGAAUCUAGAUGCUUCAGAUUCCAUGUGGAGAUCUAUCGGCGGCACAUCCGAAGUAGAGUAUCCGGUUUGUGUCGAAGCAGAGCCAAUCCAGGGCCGACUUCGUUGGCGCAUCGCCUGCAAAUCAGAUAUCUUUUCACAACUCGAUUCAGAAGACGUGAUGGUCAAGUUAGAUCAGGCUUUGAACUUCUUUCUAGACUUUCCCGACUCCGAAAUUCUCUCAUUUAGAGAUGGCCUCGUUACUAUCUGUGCAUUGCCUCAGAUAGCACUAGAAGAGCAGCCAGCCAACAGUCAUACGACUGCCGUAGCUGACAAUAACGGGGAUGAUGCAUACUCGUGGAAUCACACCGCUCUUCUCAUCCGCCAGAUCCUUUCAGAUGUUUCAUGCUUGCCUAUCGAGUCGAUUUCGCCCACGUCCACGCUCUAUCACCUUGGACUGGAUUCCAUUAGCGCUAUCAAAGUCUCCAUGAUGCUGAGGAAGGUCCAAAUUGACCUCAAGCCACGGGAGCUCAUUCGAGCUGAUAGCAUCAGAGAAAUCGUCCGGCUAGCAGAGCUAGAUCAUAAAACUCAAAGGGAAGAAUCUUUUAAUGCUACCCAAUGGAAGCUUCCUGCUUCGGUAUCCCAAGAAGGCCUGCUCAAUCUACACAAUAUCCUCGAACAGGAUGUUGAGGCCGUCCUACCUGCCACUCCUUUGCAAAUAUAUAUGCUGAGUGCAUGGCAAAAUUCCAACGCCUCAAUAUUCUAUCCCGAGUUCUGUUACGAGGUUAUUGGGGACUAUACCUAUGACCAACUUGUGCAAGCAUGGGAUCGGGUUUGGAGACGCAUCCCGAUUUUACGUGUUCGUUUCAUGUCAACUGGAGACAUAGAAGUGCCCUGGAUUCAAGUUAUUGUGAAACCUAGUUCAAACUCCCCAGGUCACAUGUCUGAGCCCUUAUGGCGUUUUUCCGUCUUAAAAGUCGAAGACAGAGGUUCUUGGCUGCUGAGACUGAGCAUCCACCACUCCCUAUACGAUGGCUUCAGCUUGCCAAAAAUCGUGCAGCUUUACUACGAAGAGAUACACGACACGGCAGAGGACGCCAUUGCUCCCAAAAUAGAUCUCAUAAACUGGCAGAAUUACACGAUCAGACCAACUCUAGAAGCAAACAUUGAUUCCAGAAAUAAAUUCUGGUCGGAAUACUUGGCCGGGUGUUCGACGUCGCCAGUUUCCCUGAUACCAUAUACAAGCGAGCGUGUGUCAUAUAUACGACAUCAAGCCUUCCUAAACACUAAGGAAUUGCAGCAACUCGCAUCGUCACACGGCAUAAGCCUACAAUCUCUCUUUUUGGCCGCCUAUGCCAAGACCCUAUGUGUCAACGUCGGAGCCCAAGAUAAUACACAGUUGGUCAUCUUCGGUAUUUAUCUCGCCAAUAGAGACACGGAGACCGACGACUUGGAUGAGACAUAUCCAACAAUGAAUAUCGUCCCUCUUCGCGUCCAAAUCGCUUCGGGAGACAAUUUGAUCAAGGUCGCUGCAGCCAUCUUGAAAGACUUGCAGCUUAUUCAAUCCAAUAACAGGGCAACUGUUGGACUUUGGGAAAUCUAUAAAUGGACGGGCAUACAGAUUCAGAACUUUGUUAACUUUCUUUCGCUCUUGGGUGAUGACGCCGACCCAGAAAAACCUGGUCUCCUACGCAAGAGAACAGAGGAUAAGUUGUCUACAAACGGCUUAGAGCUCUUGAAACAGCCUUGGCUGCAGAACAAUGCUGUCAGGAAAGCCUAUCCGGCAUCCCUCGAUAUUGAAGCAUCAGUACACGAUAAUAGUCUCGACAUUGGUGUAUUUGGAUCUACAGAUAGUGUGUCUUAUGAUGAUGGUCCGCGAAUCGUGGAUAACAUAAUUCAGCAUCUUGCAAGCGUGAGGUCAUCAUAG